AUGGUACUGGCAGCCUUCCUUGUUGAUGCGGAAGCCGGUACAGCACUGGCAUUGCGGCCGAUGGUAGAAGGAGCCAGUUUCGUUGCCGGUGACGACUGGCAAGUAGGGGCUGGCCUGGCAGCUGGCCUUGAGCUUCCACUCGCCAAGGCUUUGAGGUUUGCUGCUUGGGCGUUUGCCACGGUGGUUGGGAGAGGCACGCAAGCCCUUGCGCUGGAGUCUGUGAAACUGCUGCCCGUCACAGAAGCACUGGAAGCCUCCGAUUGCCAAGUCCUCUCGUCCCUGCCAAACGAACUGGAGGCAGAGGUGGCAACUGCUCUGCAUGGUCGAAAGGUCGGCGUCCUCUGCGGAGCUGCGCUGCUGGACUACCUGCAACAGCUGGCGGGCCGCACUCCACGCCAGGAGUUUGCUGCUGCGUGGUUGGGCUAUGAUGGUGGGAGGGCCUGCACAUCAACACAGCUGCACAGCUGCAGCGAGUGGUCGCACCUGAAUGAGCUCCUUUCCCUGCAACUCCUCUCGAAGAAUGCGCUGCUGGCAGUUACUGUCGCCUACGUCUCAACAGCUGAAGUUUGGUCGGGCAGUGCUGUGGAUUGGACGCUCGCUGGUCUCAGACAGGCUUGCUCACGGCAUGGCUACACGAUUUCUGCUGCUUCUGUCAUGAAGUUCACAGCGAACAACUCGCGGCUUGCAUUGUUCGUGCGCCUCGGAGGGCAGCUGGACAAUGCGCAGGCGACGCUGCCGCCGGCUUUGCUGGGUGCUGUUGGGUGCGAGGACGCUGCGGUGGAGUUUCACAGCACCUGGGAUGAGGCUCGGGUGAAGACGCCUUCCCCAGAAGGGAGGCGGCUGCGGCACUUGCUGCCAUUGCUUCAGCAAAUCCUAGCCGCAGGUUCGGGGGCUGUGAUCCACGAGCCGGGCUUCACCUUGGUUCCGGACCUGGCAGCCUGCACUCGGCUGACUCGGUUGUCCUGCUGCACCUGUGAUGAUCCUGUUGUGCUAUGUGAGCUUCGCCGACAGGGGCGUGAGGUCUUUGAGGCUUCUUCAGCACCAGAAGAGGUGCUGCGCCAGUGCAGUGUCUUGAUGCUGCUGGAGGACUGUGGCCCCAAAGCUUGGCAACAUCGCUGGAAGGACCUGUCAACCCGCUGGCUACGUCUGCACCAUGGGCAGGAAGACAGCAGACUUGUGCUCUUCCUGGAGGCAUCACAACUUCAAGCUGCAUUGGAGUUGAUCGGAGAACUAAAGGCUGAUGCAGGCGGCCAGAUCCUGUGCAGCUUCAGUUUUGUGCAGGGCUCCAGGCGAUGGGCCUUUGCAGCCGUGUCCCUCGCGCAGGCUGCUGCGCCGCUGCGACUGGCGCUCCCACAACUUCAGGGCUUCCAGAAGAUGUUCCCGGAAGAUUUCAGUGCGGCCUGCGGCGUCGGGGCACUUUGGGCGCUGAACCGGGAGAUGAUUGCUCUUCGAGGGAGCCCUAGCUACCGUGCUGUAGAGGUGGGUCCCACGGAUUUAGCUUUCUUUCAUCAGACCAAUGCUUUGAGCAGCCGGGUCAACUUCUCCAUCAGCAGCGUCCGGCAGCAUUUGCCACAUGCUCCAUAUUAUUUGCUCAGUGACGGCGGGCCUGAUUUUUCCCCGGCUGCUCGCGAGUUGAACAUUUCCACCUUUCGAGCCGAGUCUGGCAUGCACUUGUCCAAGUUCUUCAACCAAAAUUUCACGUGCCAAGCGCACCUGCAGCGGAUUGCAGAGGCUGCUAGAUGGGCAUCCGGGCAGGGGGCAACUUUUCUUAUGAUUUGGGAAGAUGACACGCGGCUGUUGAGGCCGCCGCAUGCUUUGCCAGAUGUUGAUCUGAACACAAUGGGCAAUGUCGCUAACACGCACAUAGGGAUUUGGAAUGCCGGUCUUCGAGAGAAGUAUUUGAAGAAUCCCAGCGUGCAGUUUGCACCGGGCGACGAGCGGCGCAUGAAGCAGCACGAGAGGUAUGCAGCCCGCAAGGGAUACUCUGCGGGGCCAGGGAGCAUCUGGAAGAUAAGUUCAUUCUUACAAGCUUUGGAUGCAGCAGCCUCGAAAGACAUGACGGAUAUGUAUACGGAACAGGACAUGUGCUGGGAAGAGUUUGCUGUUGAAAGCAACCUGCAUAUACGGCGGAACCCUGAAGUGCAGCAGAUAGUUUGGCCCUUCAGCGACGGAGAGUUCAGCGGUGACACGGCAGAUCCCGAUAGCUUGUUCUUGCACCUUGACACCUUGACCUACAGCGUCACGGUGGCCAGCGACGAUUGCAAGCCCGGUGGGUCCCAGAAUCGGUGCCAGCUGAAAGAUGCCCUCUUCUGCCCUGCAGGAUGCCUGGCAAAGUCGCCUGGACACUGCAAGCGCGAUUUUCCGAAGUUGGGCAACGGCACUGCAGCUCCUUUGCAGGGAUGUUGGGCAAAGCGACCAACGCUUGUGGAAGGGAAUUGCGGAGGCUUCCGCGCGUGCCAGAAUACCUGGCGUGCCGCGGCUCAGCGCAAUGGAGGUGAAGGCGGUGAACCCUCGUGGAGCUGGCCUAGCCACAGCAGGCGCCAGAAGAACUGGCGCAAGACCCACGAGAAAUCUUGGGGCUCCAGAGCUGGCAUGGUCUGGCGCGUCAAGGCUGCUAGCUCAGAUUUCAACGGUCCUUCCUGA